UCAAUUUCAGCUGUUGUGUGAAGUGAAGUGUGAGACUAUCUUUGUGCUUGUGGUGCUUUGUCUUCGAGCUGUUGUUGAAACAAAUACGUUGAAUUAUUGUACGACGAUUUACUUCAUCUGGAAUCUUAAACUGAAAAUUUUAAACAAAAAUUACUUAGAAUGGCUCAAAAUCCUACAAGUAGUGCUUUACGAGCAUUAGCCUUGGAAUUCAAAAGCCUUCAAGAAGAGCCAGUUGAAGGUUUUCGCGUCAAGCUUGUUUCGGAGGAAAAUCUCUUUGAAUGGGAAGUAGCAAUAUUUGGGCCUCCUAAAACAUUGUAUGAAGGUGGCUACUUCAAAGCCCAUGUUAAAUUUCCACCUGAUUAUCCCUAUUCACCACCGUCUAUUCGAUUUUUGUCUAAAGUUUGGCACCCUAAUGUUUAUGAAAAUGGUGAUUUAUGCAUCUCUAUUCUUCAUCCACCUAUUGAUGAUCCUCAGAGUGGAGAACUUCCAUGUGAACGUUGGAAUCCUACCCAAAAUGUCCGAACUAUAUUAUUGAGUGUAAUAUCACUUCUAAAUGAGCCAAAUACAUUUUCUCCUGCCAAUGUGGAUGCAUCUGUAAUGUACAGGCGCUGGAAGGAAUCUAAAGGAAAGGAUAAAGAAUAUGAAAAUAUAAUAAGGAAGCAAGUUUCAGCUACGCAUGCCGAGGCUAUGAAAGACAAUGUUAUAGUGCCUAUGACUCUAGAAGAAUAUUGCAUUAAGCAUACUGCUAAACCUUCUGAGCAAGAAUCCGAUUUGAACGAUUUCUAUGAUGAUGACUAUGGUGAUGACAUGGAUGAUGAAGAACAGGAAGAAGACUAUGAUGAAGAUAAUGAAGAUUCUGGCAAUGGUGAAACAUGAUAAAAUUCAGAUUCCACAUAGCAUAUUUCUAUAAACUUAUUGAAUGUGAAGCAAUUUUAGGACCUUGCCAGUAUUGCCAACAAUGUGCAAAAACAUUGAGGUGUAUCAAACUUUAAUGGCAAAGUGCAUAAAUAAUGAUUAAAAAAAAAAAGAAUGUGCAUAAUGAGGAUUGCAAAAAUCAUGUAGCCGUCAGCAUCUCAUCUUGCUCAUUUUACUCUGAACAUUUUAAAAAAAGAGUUCCAUGAUUAUUAAAGUUGUAUGUAAUUUAUUCUUUUGUUGAUUUAUUCAAGAUACCAGUGUUUGGAAUUGUUACUUUCUUGUUUUUAUUAGCCUCUUCAUACUUAGGUGUUCUUCUUUUUGAGUCUUCCAUUGUGUGGCUGGGUUUCUGAAAAUUUAUGCAUGUUACACCGUCUCAAAUGAAAAUGAAUGCUUUUUCACCAUGUUACCUAAAUCCUGUUUUUUCUGCGCUUAAUAAAAUAUUCUUUUGGUGAUUGAA